UCUUUUUAAACCCUCCAUUUCCAAUGUCUUAAUUCCUCACCUCCAUUCACCUUCAUCCCUUUCGAAAAUCUAGCUAAGAGAGAAGCAAUUCAAACAAUUAUGGCUAGAGAAAUUUCUCCGGCAACAACAAGGCCCGUUCUUUUCACAUUGGUUGCAGUCGCAAGUACCAUUCCCGUCUUCUUUUCAGGAUACUACCUUGCUAAAACCAUCAUUCUUUUCAUUCGUGGCGAUCCAGACGGUACCCAUCCGCAUUUGGAAACGGAAUUGGGUUUCACAAUCUUCGCUUUCGUUCUGUUCCUCCUGGGUUCAAUUGCUAUUGUAUGGAGAGUGAAGCCCCUCCAAGUAAUAUGCAUUACAACGUUGGUCAUUACCAUAGUUCUAAUCUUUGCGGGAACAGUGUCCAUCGAAUCUAGCGGGGCCUAUUACCGACUUGAGGAAUAUCCGCGAUGGGCCAAAAACUUUAUUCUGAAUGACAUCGAUUGGAGUGGUUUUCAGAGGUAUAUGAUUCGGGAAAAGAUUUGUGAAAAGCUUGGCGGCGAAAAUGAACUAUUACUGCAGGGAGGUUGCUGUUCUCCUCCUACUUAUUGCGGAUAUCGAGAAAUGAAUAAGACUUGGAUUGUCCCGAAAUCAGGAGAAUAUUACCAAGAUAACAAUUGCAUGAUGUGGAGCAACGACCACGACAAAUUGUGUUACAACUGCAACACUUGCAAGGCUGCUUACCUGAUUAACUACGUCCAUGGAUGGCACACUAGAUUGUUCUGUAUGUUCAUCGCACUCGUCAUCUGGAUUGGUUGCUUUAAUUUUACAUUUGGAGCGGACAAUGAGAACAACCAGGGAAGACAACAGACUGUGUAGUCCAUUAGUCGCAAGCAUGAUAUGUAUACUUCAUCAAAGACGACGAGUCUGUACCUUUGGUCAUUGGUAAAAUUAAUUGUACUUGCCCAAAUUUGUUUGAUGGGUUAACUUCGCUAAGACGCGUUUAUUUGGUGAAUGUCUUUUUUUUUUUAUCAGCAAAAAGAUACAAGGAUAUAAUUUCUGAUCGUGUGGUACGUAUUAGUUUUAGAGCGUGCAUGGGCAUAUGCAUAUUUUUUGU